AUGGAUUCGUGUAUUUGGUCAAAGAGCAACUCACUUUACUUGAGCAGUGGGUAUUUUUUGUUUUGGCUACUACUGCUUAUCGUGUCUGUGGGCAUGUGCAUCUUCACGGGUCUCCAAGCGAUCGAUAAGUGGAAAACCAAGAGCACCGUGAUGGGUAUUCAGCGCGAUUUUUACUUUUGGCGCUUACCGGUGCCCAGUUUCACAGUAUGCCCCAUGCGCCGACUAAGUCAGGAGCUCUUCGAUAAAUAUUGCCACAAAAAGAAAAUCACUGGUCAAGCGAAAGAGGACCUGCAAAUCUUCCUUGAGACGUUGGCCAAUUCGACUUAUUUCAACUUCGACAAUAUCACUGCGCGUCCGAGCAUCGACGGCACCUUGGAUCGUCUGCGUGUGAAACCCGCCAAUUAUAUGUCUUUGAUAUAUAAUUUGACCACCGAUUUUACGCAAAUGGUCGACGAAAAUGAGGUAAUCAUACUAAACGAUGGCUUCAGGAACUUUGUGGUGCGUCAGGUGCUUACUGAGUUCGGUAUAUGCUACUUGUGCAACAGCUACUUGCAGGAUGAGUAUACCGCGCGCUACACGAUAUUUGGAAAAUAUCCGAAAAUCAAUAAGGACCACUUUAAAAUGCUGUUGGGUAGUUACUUCGAUAGCGUUCUGUUGAUUUUGUCGGUGCCGAAAGCAUUCGAAAGCAUUGGGGUGUUCAUACACUCUCCCCACGAUGCUUUGAAAAUUGAGCAAAAAUUUUUCUAUACCAAUGAGGCGGUUUACUAUAAGGCUGAGACAUUUGAAAUCAUUGCCGAGGAGGGAUACGAGAAAGCGACUACAGUGGCUCAACGUAACUGUCGGUAUCCUCAUGAAUCGAAUUUGGAACACUUUGAAAUCUAUACGAAGAGCUUUUGCAUGCAAGAAUGUCGACUUAAUUUGGUUUAUAAAAAAUGUAAAUGCAUACCGCACUUCUAUCCCAACAGAGUUCGAAAACCCAAGCCCGUAUGCUAUUACUCUACGCUGAAGUCCUGUGUAGCUAAAAAUGCGGGUAUGUAUCAUGAAUGGUACGGGGGUGAUGGUGAUGAUGAGUCCUUUCGCCGCCUGCAAAGCUUAAAAGGCCGUAAAACUGUACAUUGCCAUUGCAUGGAUUCUUGUUAUAACGGGAUUGUUGUGAUAAAAAAUGUGGAGGUCUUGGCAAACCUCAACGUUUUUCAAACCGGUUUUACAGUUGGUCUUGAAGUAACUACCUGGCCGCAGGUGUUGUAUAAGCGUCAAGUCAUUUUUACAAUGACUGAUUUGUUGGUUGCUGUUGGUGGCGCAGCAGGGCUUUUCCUCGGCUUUAGCGUCUUGGGUGCCAUUGAAUUCUUCUACUAUUUCACACUGCGCUUGAUUUGUUAUCUAAGAGGAUAUCGAACUUAG